AUGGGCAGCCGGACACUGGUCUGUCGUUCCCUGGGGAAAGGGACGGAUGGUCUGGAGAAAGAUCGCCCAGUCCCUAAAAGACCGGACAAGAUGUGUGGAGACGGUGAAUGCAGUGUCUGCUAUUGCCCCUAUUCCAGGGGGUCCCGGACCCCAAGGGUCCUGCCGUGCCAACACACCUUCUGCACGGAGUGCCUGGUGGCCCUGAUCUCCCAGGGAGACCCCGACGUCCAGGGUGACAGCCAGCUGCCCUGCCCGCUGUGCCGUCAGAUCUCCCUGGUGCGGUGGGACGGGCGCAGUCUCCCCUUCCCCGUGGACCCCGGGGCCUGGGAGGGGGCGCAGGAGGAAAGGCCCCAGGAGGCGGCGAGGCGUAGCCUGGCAGACGCGGUCAAGCGAGGAGCUCGGAGGCUGAGGAAGAGUCUGUUGGGGCAGAGGGGCCCCAGGGGUAAUGCCCUGCGCAUGGAUAAGGGCGAUUUCGUGCUGAUGAUGAGCUUCAACCUAAUGUGAGGCAGGUCGCAGGUCGAAGGUCCUGGAGCGAACCCUGAUCCUGACUUGUCCUGGGGAACAACGGUCACCACGCCCGGCGUGGAACACCCAGGUCUUGGCUGGCGCAGCGGGGUAAUGGCUGGAGUAACUGACCGCCUUCUCCCGAGAGGGAGAAGUCCCCUUCCCGAGGAACUGGCAGCCGCCCGGGAUGGUUCCCUUCAUGGCAUCCUCCCGGAGCAGGGUGGAAGCACGCACGGUGUCACAAGAUCACAAGACAAAAGAAGUGGAAGUAGGCCAUUCGGCCCAUCGAGUCUACUCCGCCACUUCACCGUGAGCUAAACUGUUCUCCCAUCCAGCCCCAAUUCCCGGCCUUUUCUCCAUAUCCCUUGAUAUCCUGACUAAUUAGAUACCUAUCAAUCUCUGCCUUAAACACCCCCAAUGAUCGGGCCUCCACAGCUGUACGUGGCAACAAAUUCCAUAAAUCCACGACCCUCUGGCUGAAGAAAUUUCUCCGCAUCUCUGUUCUAAAUGGGUACCCUCUAAUCCUAAGACUGUGCCCUCUUGUCCUGGACUCACCCACCGAGGAAAACAACUGAGCCACAUCUACUCUGUCCAGUCCUUUCAACAUUCGAAAUGUUCCUAUGAGGUCCCCUCUCAUUCUUCUGUACUCCAGUGAGUACAGUCCAAGAGCUGACAAAUGCUCCUCGUACGUCAACCCUUUCACUCCAGGAAUCAUCUUCGUAAAUCUUCUCUGAACCCUCUCCAACAUCAGUAUAUCUUGCCUGGCCUUGGUAGAUCGAAACUGUGGUCCGACCCCCUACUGACGUCGCAUCCCGGGAGGUAUUAGCCCCAAGCAAUGCCUGUCCCCCUUGAAGGGAGUCAGAAGAUCCUGCGGCAAUGCUUUGAAGAGGAGUCCGUGUCCCGGGCGGCAUUCCCACCUCGAUCAACGCACCACAGCAGUCAUCCUGGCGUUAUCUGGUGGGAGCUUGCUGUGCACGCAUUGGGGGCUCACUUCCUGCACCGCAGUUGGCCAGUCCGAGCUCCUGUUCACUGCAGAGUGCUGGCUCUAGUCUUUUCAUGGCGUCCCUUGCGUUACUCUGUUAAGCAUUGCCCCCGGGGGUGCCCCCACCCCAUGGGCUCUCUCUUGUCAGCACAGGCCGGGAUGAACAUAGAACAUACAGCACAAUAGUGGCCCUUCGCCCACCAUGUUGUGCCGACCUUUAAACCUUGCCCAAGACUAUCUAAUCCCUUCCUCCCACAUAUCCCUUUAUUUUAAAUUCCUCCAUGUGCUUAUCUAGUAAUAUCUUGAAUUUGACCAACGUACCUGCCUCCUCCAACGCCCCAGGCAGCACAUUCCAUGCCCCAACCACUCUCUGGGUAAAAAACCUUCCUCUGAUAUCUCCCUUGAACUUCCCACCCAUUACUUUAAAGCCAUGCCCUCUUGUAUUGAGCAUUGGUGCCCUGGGAAAGAGAUGCUGGCUGUCCACUCUAUCUAUUCCUCUCAAUAUUUUGUACACCUCUAUCAUGUCUCCCCUCAUCCUCCGUCUCUCCAAAGAGUAAAGCCCUAGCUCCCUUAGUCUCUCCUCAUGAAGCAAACUGCACCUCCUCCUGCCCCUUACCGUUUAGCAGGGGGAGUUUGCCAACGCCCAGGAAUGCCAAGACUCUGACGCACCUUGUUUUGAUGCUGGUGUUAAGGUGUUGCCAUGGUACCAGCUCUGAAUCACAACCAUGAUCUUCCAACACCUGAGGCCCAGCUGGUUAAACACACUUCAAUUGGUGUGUGCCCUGGGAUCGACCCCUGCCCUCCACAUCCAUGGAGACCUUCCGGAGAGGAAGGGCCAUUUCCAUUGUAAUCCGGAGCGCCAACACUUGUACGAUGUAGUCCUUGAACUCACCAAAUGGUGUUCUCUCUCCCUCCCCUAUCUCCAACCUCUCGUUGGUUAAUUAGCGAGAGAAAGGAAUCCAUUGUUAAAAGCCCUUCCUGUGGUUUCCCUGUCAGUUGCUUGUGGACGCCAGCCCUAUCCCAGGGAGACAGGAGACAGAUGUUGGUUUGAGUAGAACCGGGUGCUGUGUGGGGUGAUCUGUUCCAACUGGAAGGGAUUUACAACACGGCUCGUAGUCCCACAUGAAGGCACUCUCCUUCCUGAAGGCCAUCCUUGGCUGUUCCUUCCCCGGUGGCUUGGGACAAAUUACAGGACCCUUGGGACUAUCCUGGAGGUUGGGAACCUUGGCUGAGUAGCUGGGUGGUGAGGAUUCCUCACAGGGCCAGAGACCCGGGUUCGAUCCUGACCUCCGGUGCUGCGUGUGUGUGUGUGUGUGUGUGUGUGUGUGUGUGUGUGUGUGUGUGUGUGUGUGUGUGUGUGUGUGUGUGUGUGUGUGUGUGUGUGUGUGUGUGUGUGUGUGUGGAGUUUGCACGUUCUCCCUGUGACCGCAUGGGUUUCCCCUGGGUGCCCCGGUUCCCUCCCACAUCCCAACAACGUUCGGGGUCAGUGGGUUAAUCAGCCCCUAGUGCGUGGGUGAGGGGGUAGAAUCUGAGGUGGGCAGGGGUGGGGGGGGGGGUGGUUGAUGGGAAUGAGAGGGGAAUGAGUAACGUGGAAUUAACUGUGUGGUGGGGGGCGGGGGCAGGAAUGUGAUUGCUCUUUAGACCAGGUUGGAAUCAAUGGGCUGAAUGGCCAACUUCUACAGUGCAGUAUAACGUGCGAGAGCGUGUUACGAUCUCCUCCUGGAUCAGCCCAGCUCAGUAUUUCUCAGAUGAAACAACAACCAGAUGGUUGAUCAGUCUAUCGAUCUGUCCACCUCCCACCUUGGUGACCUGAGUGAGCAAGUCUCCCCCCACCUCCCACCCCUGCCAAACCCCACACCCCCCAACUCUCAUCUUCCUCCAAAUUACCUCCCCCCCUGCAAAUCUGGGACCUGUUGAACAUAGAAUAGUCACACAGCAUGGAAACAGGUCCUUUAGCCCAACUCGUCCAUGCCAACUGUGUUGCUCAGCGAGCUGGUCCCAUCUGCCCGUGUUUGGCCCACAAACCUCUCCUAUCCAUGGACUUAUCCAGAUGGCUUUUAAACAUUGCUAAUGUGCCCGCCUCAACCACUAUUUCUGGCAGCUCAUUCCAAAUACGCACCACCCUUUGCGUGAAGAAACUGCCCCUGACGUCCCUUUUAAAUCUCUCACCUCUGAUCUUAAAUCUUUGCCCUCUUGUUUUUAGCACUCCCCCCACUCCCUGGGAAAAAGACUCUUGUGCUUUCCCCUAUAUCAGGUCACCCCUCAAUCUCCAACAUUACAGGGAAUAAAGUCCCGGUCUCCACAACCUGUCCUUGUAACUCAGGCCCCCAAAGUCCAGGCAACAUCCUGGUAAAUCUUUUUUGCACUCUUUCGAGUUUAAUAGCAUCUUUCCUAUAACAGAGCGACCAAAGCUGUACGCAAUAUAACAGGGUGACUGUCCUUAGCCGUCAGACAGUUGUUACCUGAUCGAAUUUGAACCCUUCUCUUCCCCAUCCAUUUGUCAGUGUAGCAGCCAAUAACUCCCAGCCAUGACCCCUGAGUAUCUUAUCUUAUAUUUUAUCACAAACUUCUAUUGGACUUUAUAACUUAGCUAGCACUGUGAAUUGUGUAUUCCAUUUGUAAAGAAAGUGUAAGGGUUAAUUGUUAUGUAUUGAAUAAUUAUUUAAGAAAAAUAAAAAAACAUU